UUGGCUUCCCUGGGAUGCGGGGGAUGGAAGCGCUGCGGGGUGGGGGGGCUCCCCCGGCCGCCCUCGGGGCCUGCUGCGGCCGCGUCGUCCCCGAGCAUCUCCGAAGGAAAAGGGGCUCGGGGCAGAGGGAGGCACGGGGCAUUUCCCAAAGUGUGGCACGGAAAGUGGCCGAGCGCUCUUCCAUCUCCUCCCCCCGCCCCCAUUUUCUCCCUUUAUCUUUUGUGCGGCCCCGCGCUGCGUUGCGGACCGGGGGUGUGAGUCUGAGUGUGUGUGUGUGUGCCGGUGCCGGGCAGUGCUGCUGGGCCCCAUCGCUUUGACUUCUUCUUGCGGUGGUGUUGUGCAGAGCUGCGGGAAGCUGCCUGCAGCCGAUACCCCCUCCAUCCCGUCACAAACCCCCCAGGUGGAGUUCUGCAAUCACUGAAACGUUCCUGCAGACUUCUAGGACUUUUCCCUUGGAUCCUUUGUGGAAGGCAGAAUUCUAUCAGAGCAUGUGAGCACGCUGUAUUUGCUGUGUGUUUUACUGACAGAAAGGUACUGAUGCAGGUUGCGCCUUAUUGGGAUUCCCCCUGCCCCUGGGAAAGGAUUUAACCAUUUUUUUCUCUGGUUUAUUGUUCUUCCAUCCCACCCAUACAAGAAGCUAAUCCCUGCUUUACUUUUGUUUGUUGUAUUUAUGCCACCAGGAGGGAUGUACAUUUCGAAAUACAGUUACAAAGGGGCGUUACUAACACUUAAUUCAGAAGAAUAUUUGUUUACAGGUAAAUAAAUGUAACACGGUCUAUGACUAGUAAUUACCUUUUUGUAGCAGCUAAUUUCCUGAUGACAGCCACAGCAUUUGUCUGAGUUAAUAGAUUUAAAGGCACUGUGGAACUACCUUUGAUUUUUUUAAAUAGGAGGGUUUUCCUUGUGUACAUUGUGUAUAGAACUGCUUUUGGUUCUGAGCUACAGCAGUAAAUCAAAUCUAAGAAUUGAUCCAGUGUCCGCAAGUAACCUGUAGCUGGGGCAUUGCUGGCUUAUAGAAACAACCUGUAAGUAAUUACGAAUAGGAUGAAAUAGGUUCAUGAGUGACUUGGUUUGUUUGGGAGACAGAACAAAACUUCUGUUAUAAAUACUUUGAAAUGGAAUUUGAUUAAAUGCAUCUUAAGUUGGUACAGAAGUUCUGAGCAGCACAGUCAUUAAAUUAUAUGAGGGUAAACUGUAAAAGGCCUUCUUCUUGUUUAGGAACAUAAAGAAGAUUUUGUCUAGCCUAUGUCUUUGACAGAGAGUAUGAAGAGAUCUCUUUUUCUGCCAUUGCUUAGUUUUGAAAUACGCAGUUCAGUUUGUCCUAUCAAACUGCAGUUGUGGUUGCAGCUUGGACAGCUGCAUGUCGUAAUUCUGGCCCCUCACCUGAACAAAAUCAACCUCCUGUCUAUUGAUUAGUGAAGACCUGAGAGCACAGGCAUUCCAAAUUGCAGCUUUGUAAACCUAGAUUGUGCUGAUGGAUUGGAAGAAGAGUGGAUGUGGCUUUAGAGAUCUUUUUUCUUCUCUGCUUACUGUUUUUCCCGCAGUUCUUAGUGUCAGAGAAGCAUUUCUAAACCUUGUGAUAAGCUGCACAUACAAUCAUGAAAUACUCAUUUAGACAUGGUGUUCUAAAUGGAACAUCACAUGAGCUAGUAGCAAAUAUUUGUGACCAUGCCUAACUCAUGGUCCACAAUGAAUUUUUGUAAAGCAAGCUAAGAUGCUGGAACAACCUGGUCCUUCUGUGCUCUCUUGAAAGCUGUCUGCCCAGAUUGAGUAACUGGGUCAUGGUGUGAAGCCUCUGUGAGUUCGUGGGGCCUUGAGUGCUUUGGAAGCACUGCUUCUCCUGGGUAGGAUUUGCAUAAUGCAGGAGAUGUACUUCACCGGUCAGAGCCUGGUGGAGAUACUUCUCCGUACGCUCUACUUAAAAUGUUGGCUGGAGCCCAACUUUGUUGUGCUUGUGCCAUUUGGAUGCAGUUGGCUGUGAGCUUAAAAUGAGACCAGGGAUAUGCUGCAGAAAGAGAGCGCGGGUUGCUUGUGUGAUGCAUGGGCCCCAAAACACGCACCUCUGCUCCCCUGCAGUUCUUGUGCAGCUUGCUACCAUGUGACAGUGCCUUGCAACCAAGGUGGGCAGCUGGGUCCUUUUUUGAAUGGUUCUGCUGUUGUGUGUUAAGGGAACGUGCACGGAUGUGUGUCACGUGAGGGCAUCAGGGCUGCCAGCCUGCAUCCCGUAAUAGGUGUUGGGAUGGGCAAAGCGCUAGUCCAGGAGCGUGCUUUGCUGUAACCUGCUUUCUGAUCUGUGCUGACUGGCACAGCCAGCGUGCUGAGUGAGACAGGGGUGGGACUGAGGCUGGUGGGUUUGAUCUUCCUCGGAGAGAGGCUUACUCCUUCACAAAGAUGAAGUCAUUACCGUGAUGCUCCUGCAUCCCAUACGCUUGUUUCAGAUUCACUGUUAAUGGAAGAAUUAAUUUUCUUCCUGCUCUGCUUUCAGGUGUGAAUAGAAAGGAAUAUAAAAUUUGACCUUGGAAAGAAGGUGAAUUGAGAAGGACAAAUUGAUCUCUUGAUUUCAGGGGUAUUUUGGAACAAGAGAACAUGAAUAAGUAGCUGAGAAGAAGAAAGACAAGAAAAAAACACCCUUUUGUGGACCCUUCUGCUGGAGUUCAGAAAUUUCAACAGUGAUCUUUUGACAUAAACUGAUCUACCAAGAGACAUUCCCGCCAUUAUGAAUGAAGUAGCGAUAGUGAAGGAAGGAUGGCUCCACAAACGAGGAGAAUAUAUCAAAACAUGGAGGCCUCGGUAUUUUCUUUUAAAGAAUGAUGGCACGUUCAUUGGCUACAAGGAACGACCGCAAGAUGUUGACCAACGAGAAUCGCCUUUAAAUAACUUCUCAGUAGCUCAGUGCCAGCUGAUGAAGACAGAACGACCUAAACCAAACACAUUUAUCAUUAGAUGCCUCCAGUGGACCACAGUAAUUGAAAGAACAUUUCAUGUGGAGACUCCAGAGGAGCGGGAAGAAUGGACAAAAGCCAUCCAAACUGUAGCAGACAGCCUCAAGAAACAGGAGGAAGAGAUGAUGGAUUUUAGAUCUGGUUCUCCUAGUGAUAAUUCAGGUGCUGAAGAAAUGGAAGUUUCUAUGACAAAGCCAAAACACAAAGUGACCAUGAAUGAAUUUGAAUACCUUAAGCUACUGGGAAAAGGCACUUUUGGAAAGGUCAUUUUAGUUAAAGAAAAAGCAACUGGACGAUAUUAUGCUAUGAAAAUUCUGAAGAAGGAAGUUAUUGUAGCAAAGGAUGAAGUAGCACACACGCUGACGGAAAACCGUGUUUUACAGAACUCACGGCAUCCGUUCUUAACAGCUUUAAAGUAUUCCUUUCAGACACACGAUCGCUUGUGUUUUGUUAUGGAGUAUGCUAAUGGAGGAGAGUUGUUUUUCCAUCUGUCGAGAGAGCGUGUAUUUUCUGAAGACCGGGCGCGUUUCUACGGAGCUGAGAUUGUUUCAGCGCUGGAUUACCUGCAUUCAGAGAAGAAUGUGGUCUACAGAGAUUUGAAGCUGGAAAAUCUUAUGCUGGAUAAAGAUGGACACAUAAAAAUUACAGACUUUGGACUAUGUAAAGAAGGCAUAAAAGAUGGAGCAACAAUGAAGACUUUCUGUGGCACUCCAGAGUAUCUUGCACCAGAGGUGCUGGAAGAUAAUGACUAUGGUCGUGCAGUGGACUGGUGGGGAUUAGGAGUUGUGAUGUAUGAAAUGAUGUGUGGCCGGCUCCCUUUCUACAAUCAGGACCAUGAAAAGCUCUUUGAACUCAUCCUUAUGGAAGAGAUUAGAUUUCCACGCACUUUGUCACCUGAAGCAAAAUCUCUCUUGUCAGGUUUGCUGAAGAAAGAUCCUAAGCAAAGGUUAGGAGGCGGUCCUGAUGAUGCCAAGGAGAUUAUGCAACACAAAUUCUUUGCUGGCAUUGUUUGGCAAGAUGUGUACGAGAAAAAGCUUGUACCUCCGUUUAAGCCACAAGUUACAUCUGAAACAGAUACAAGAUACUUUGAUGAAGAAUUUACAGCACAGAUGAUUACAAUCACUCCUCCUGACCAAGAUGACAGCAUGGAUUGUGUAGACAAUGAGAGAAGACCUCAUUUUCCUCAGUUCUCCUAUUCAGCCAGUGGAACCGCUUAAUGUUUUGCAGUGUUUUCCAUUCAGAAACAAAACAGACUGCAUUUUGGGGACCUUACUUCAAUGGACACUAGAGAACUUUCUAUAUUAUCUGAAUUACAAACUGUGUUUGUAUUACGAUUUAGAUGAAUUUGUAGGAAGCCUCACAGAUUCUGUAUUUAAAACAAUUCUUUGAUGCAUUUUUGAGAAGGAAAACAAAUCCAUUCUUAAAGUAUUACGUCAAGGCUCUUAUGCUGAACGACCAUAGGUUUUUAAGAAUAUGCACCAAAACUGUUUACUUUAGAAUUAAUUAAGGUAUUCAACAUAUCAGCAACUCUGACCAGAAAAUGCCCUUGUUUUAUUUAUUUCAUACAGUUCAUUGUCUAAAUAUAGAAUCUGCACUCUGAACAAUUAGAUUUAUAUAGGAAGAUAUAAGACUUUAGUAGUUAGUGCAAUAAUAGAAGCAACAAAGUGAACAAACUCUGGAGGAUUAAGGUUCAAACUCAUUUUGGACAGCAGUUGAAGUGUCAUCCAGCUCCAGAAAACCAACUAUAGGAACAGCAUUAAUGGCCUCAGUGAGGUAAAUCAAAAAGCAAAAGUUAUUUUUGUUAUAACAUCUGCUACAAGACAUUACAUAUCAAACUGAAUCCAGUGGAAUCUGGUCCAUUGCUACAUAGUACAGCUGAGUAUUCCGUUCAGGACAGUGCAUUUAAUUAUUCCAUUUGUGUAGUUUAGGAAUACUUCAUAGGAUUGGCUUCUCAGAACAUAGAAAAUGCUUAAUUUACCAAUUAAUAUGAACUGCAACAACACAGAAUCAUCCACUUUCACCACUGUAUAAAAAUACCAUACAAGGUCUACAUGAGAAACCACCUGAAGGAGCGAGUUAUCCAGACAGACGUCCAUUUUGGCACUGAAGUAAUGACUUGUUGCCGCUUUUUUUUUUUUU